GAGGACUCUGCUGAGUUUGUAGAAGGAACGUGUGCCAGCUUAUGUUUCGUUUAAUUCUAGAGAAUAAUUAGAAUAAAUCUGAUUGUAGUUGUAACUGAACAUCUGUGCAUUUUUAUUUCUUUUAAGGGUGAAAGCUGUUGUGUUUUUCUCUCAGGGCGAGGAACCAGAGGUCUCUGGUGUGGAUCAUUUUUCUGGCUCAUUAAGGAUUCGGCAUUUUUUGAUGUGGUACCAGAGCCUUUUUCCUAUCCAGCGCACGUACCUUUGACAGGGAGACGAACAGAAUGAAUCAUUUAUCAAGGUCAUAUUACACUCACAUUCAGCAGAAAGGCGUGUUUUGAAAUAUUUAAUAACUAUGCGUUUUAAAGGCUUACUUUUUAAACAGCCUUUAAGAAAAUGAUGAAUGCUAAUAAUAAAAUCUUGAACCCUUGCCUCGUGGCUGAGGAAGCUCGUGGAACUUUGCCAUAACAGACUGGUGAAAUGAAAAUAGAUAUUUUAACGUUUUCCUUCCACAUUUCGACUGCAUUUCAAAUAGGCGACGAGCUUUAAAGCAAAGCCUCGCGCUGUCAGAGUAUCCUGGUGUGGUUAAAUGGUGCCUGGCCCACAGGAAUCUCCUCAGGACAACAGAAAAGCCUCUGAGUCGGGAGAAAAACCCGAACCCUCCGCGCGCACAGACGCACGGCGCCUUAUCCAACCAGCAUCCAGCCCAACCAAACCGGGGCUGACACGGAUCAUUUAAACCUCCUAAGUGAGCGCAGCUGUACGCUCCCGUUCCUUUCACCGGGAGAUUAAAAUAUAUCACAAUAUUUAAAAAAAGAAAAGAAGAAGUGCAUGUAAUCGAGGAGAGGGAGAGAGAGACAGAGCGCAGCGCAUGGACUGGAGAGAGGAGGAACCCCAUGAGUGGAUUUUACUUGUGGCGUUACCCGCAACGAUGCCCGCGACUGAUCUUAACUUUGCUUCAGAUAUUUAUUCACCCUCCGAGGAGCACUUCCAGACAGUUGUAUUAGUGUGACUUUCAGAGUUCAGGAGAACUCUUCUCUAUCCGGAUCUCCAGAAUUCCAGACUCUUGAAUGAAACACACUCAGCGCCUCCAGACUGGAGCUUUUACUUUUUUAACAAAAAGGAGAGAUGCCUUUCUGUUUCACAGGAAUUUACCUUCUGCUGACUCUGCUGUGGAUUUGUUCAGGGUCCCGUCUCCGUCAGGAAGACUUCCCUCCCCGCAUUGUGGAGCAUCCUUCAGACCUCAUCGUCUCCAAAGGGGAGCCGGUCACUCUCAACUGUAAGGCUGAGGGCCGUCCAGUGCCGACGGUGGAAUGGUACAAAGACGGAGAACGAGUUGAAACAGACCGCGACAACCCCCGCUCUCAUCGUAUGCUGCUCCCCAGUGGAUCCCUCUUCUUCCUGCGCAUCAUCCAUGGACGACGGAGCAAGCCGGAUGAUGGCAGCUAUGUCUGCGUGGCCCGAAAUUAUUUGGGCCAGGCGAUCAGUCACAACGCAUCCCUGGAAGUAGCUAUUUUACGCGAUGACUUCAGGCAGAAUCCCAUCGAUGUUAUGGUUGCAGUUGGGGAACCCGCAGUGCUGGAGUGCCAACCCCCCCGUGGACACCCUGAACCCUCCAUCUCCUGGAGGAGAGAUGGAUCCAACCUGGAUGAUAGAGAUGAACGCAUAACGAUCCGUAGCGGCAAGCUUAUGAUCACCAACGCCAGGAAGAAUGAUGCAGGAAAAUACAUCUGUGUGGCCACAAACAUGGUGGGAGAGAGGGAGAGCGAGACGGCUGAGCUCACCGUGCUAGAACGACCAACCUUCGUGAAGCGUCCCAGCAGUGUGGUGUUGUUGGCAGACGAGAGUGUGGAGUUUCACUGCGUGGUUCAAGGAGACCCUGUCCCCACUGUCCGCUGGAGGAAAGAUGAUUCUGACCUACCAAAGGGCAGAUUUGAAAUCCUUGAGGACCACACUUUGAUUGUUCGCCAGGUUUCCUCAUCAGAUGAGGGCUCGUACACGUGUGUGGUGGAGAACAUGGUUGGGAAGUCCGAAGCAUCUGCCACGCUCACUGUGCACGUGCCCCCUGCUUUUAUCGUGCGCCCCAGGAACCAGGUGGUGUCAGUGGGCAGGACAGUCACCUUCCAGUGUGAAGCCACUGGCAACCCACAGCCUGCUAUUUUCUGGCAGAGGGAAGGCAGUGAGAGUCUCCUGUUCUCCUACCAGCCACCUCAGCCCUUCAGUCGUCUGUCUGUCUCUCAGAUGGGCAGUUUGACCAUUACUGAUGUCCAGCGUUCUGAUGCUGGCUUCUACAUCUGCCAGGCUCUCAACAUAGCUGGCAGUGUGAUUACCAAAGCCCUGCUGGAAGUUACAGAUGCUGGGUCCGACCACCUCCCUCCUGUUGUUAGACAGGGCCCAGUUAAUCAGACGGUUUCUGUAGACAGCACAGUAAAUCUGGGCUGCCAAACGGCUGGUACUCCACCUCCUACAGUCCACUGGAAGAAGGACGGUAUGAUGGUGUCUCCUGUGGAUUCACGAGUGUCUCUAACAGAAACUGGAUCCCUAAAGAUCCACUAUGCUAAACUUGGUGAUUCAGGUUUCUACACAUGUGUGGCUUCCAGUCCAAGUGGAGAAGCUUCCUGGACUGCAUAUUUGCAAGUAGAAGAAUUUGGGGUUGCUGUACAACCAAGUCAUCCUAAAGACGCCGCCCUGAUUCCUGGUGCUCCAUCUAAACCAGAAGUUUCCAACAUCAGCCGGACAUCCGUCGUGCUGUCAUGGAAAUCCAGCACCAAUGCACCAGCAGUGGCUUUCUUAAUUGAGGCCUUCAGUUACACUUUAGGAAACAGAUGGGUGACAGUAGCAGAGCAUGUGAAAGCGGAGACCUUUGUUCUGACAAACCUGAAGCCUGGAGCUGUCUACCUCUUCAUGGUCAGGGCCGUGAACGCUCACGGCCUCAGCGAUCCCAGUCCAAUCUCUGACUCAGUCAGAACGCAGGACAGCACCUCCACCAUGCAGGGUGUCGACCAUCGUCACAUCCAGAGAGAGCUGGGGGAUGUCCUGAUCCACCUGUACACACCAACUGUCCUGUCGUCCUCAGCUGUAAGGCUAAAGUGGAAGGUUGAGCAGCAGUCACCCUAUAUCCAAGGCUACAAGGUGCUUUACAGGGUGUCUGCAGAGCAUGGCCAGCCAGAGGUGCAGUGGGGUGCCCUGGAGGUACGUGCUCCUCCGGAGGAUGGGGUGAUAAUCAGUCAGCUGAAGAGAGGAUCCAUCUAUGAGUUCAAAGUCCGGCCUUUCUUCGAUGAGUUCCAGGGAGCUGAUAGCGAGGUGAAGGUGGUCAGGACGUUGGAAGAAGCCCCUAGAAGAGCCCCUCAGGCCGUCACAAUUACAAAGAGUGAUGCUAAUGGGACGGCUAUUCUCGUGUCCUGGAAACCACCUCCGGAAGAGCAGGAAGACGGGAUCAUUCAGGAGUACAAGGUCUGGUGUCUGGGCAACGAGAGCCGCUACCACGUAAACCAGUCAGUAGAUGGUUCCACCUUUUCUGUGCUCAUUCCCAGUCUGGCUCCAGGAAUUCGCUACAGUGUAGAAGUCGCAGCCAGCAAUGGUGCUGGACCAGGAGUCAAGAGUGAUGUUGCUUUCUUUCAGUUAGACUCCACGGGGCAGAUGGUGGACAUCAGAGACAGCAGAGACACUUUAACACACAUCUCAGAUGUGGUGAAGCAGCCUGCUUUUAUCGCUGGCAUUGGCUCCACCUGCUGGCUGAUUCUCAUGAUUUUCAGUGUGUGGCUCUACCGUCACCGCAAGAAGAGGGGUGGUCUCAGCAGCACAUACACCGGCAUCCGUAAGGUCCCAUCGUUCACUUUCACGCCCACAGUGGCAUAUCAAAGAGGAGAAUCUGUGUGCAGCGCUGGCAGGCCUGUCCCUCUCGGCAUGAGUGAACCACUAAACCAGCUGUGGUUGCCGGAUAAUUGGCCGAAUGCAUGCACCAAUCAUAAAGACUGCAGCAUCAACUGCUGCAACAAUGGCAACGGCACCAGUGACAGCAACAUGACAACAUACAGCCGACCGGCUGACUGCAUAGCCAACUAUGGAAGCCACCCAGACAGCAAGCAAGGGGGGCAGCUUGGUUCUGAAACACCCAUAUACAGCGAUGUGAACCUCUCCAACCAGAUUGGUGAGAUUAAAACCUUUAACAACUCCAACUUUUGCUACACCGGUCCUGGAGGGGAUUCAUCAGCCACAUACGAGCCCAUUCCAUACGCCACUACGCAGCUCAUCCAGGCCAACAUUAAAAACAAGGCAGUCGCUGGUGGCUCCAUAGCAGAGCCUCUGGAUAUACCCUGCUGGAAACAGCUGCCAAAUCUGCCUCCAAUACCCAAAGAGAUGGCAGCGCAGAUGCAGCACAGCGCAGCUGAGCAUAACAGUAAAGGUAUGCAGCAAACAUCUCAUGUGCUUUACCGGGUUUCCAUAUCAAGACAGAUGCUUCAGCCUAGCUUUUGUUUUUCAGAUCUGCAAGGAUGCGAGGGAAUGUCCCACCUGAAAAACGUAAUGUACAACCAGAACCGCGACCACAGCACCGGAGGCUCGCACCACAGCUCAGACAGAGGCAGCAACAGCACCUCAGGCAGUCAAAAUCAGAAGAAAGGAGUCCGGGGCCUAAAGAUCCCUAAACAUAAUGCUGUGACCUGGGGGGAAGCUGUGUCUGUGCCUCAUGCUAAUGCCCUGGACUGUGAUGAGUAUAGUCUACCUAUGGAUGGAAGCUUUGAUUUAGAGGAGAGAACAGGAGGCGGCCCCACCCCACCAGUUAGAGGAGCAGCAUUGUCUCCAGCUAAAAUAUCCCGUAGUUACCUCCUUACCACAUCGCCACAGGAAGACCUAAGCAACGGUCUGGACGAUGGAGUCGAGCACCUCAAUCACACCUACAGCUCCAUACCCCUCUGCCUGGACAUGGAUGGGCAAGAAGACAAUGAGGAGGAGGAGGAAACAGAUGCAGAGCAGGUGGAAAACGUCUACAGCCAAUCGCAGAAGCACAAAAAACUCCAGCCAUCACAUCACGCCUCUUCGCACAAACAGCUCCUCCGGGAGCUUGAGCAAACCCCAGCCUCAAGCACCGGGGACCUGGACAGAUCAGUCACUGGGUCCAUGGUUAACAGCUGGGGCUCUGCAUCAGAGGACAACAUCUCGUCAGGCAGGUCCAGCAUCGUCAGCACCUCCGAGGGUUCUUUCUUCACAGAUGGUGAUUUUAGUCAGGCAGCUGCAUCUUCACGGGAUAUUGUGGGGCUGCGCAUGUGCAGGUACCCAGAGGAGGCAGGCCGGCAGCAGCAGCGAGCCAGCAGCCCCAUGUCAACAGACAGCAACAUGAGUCCUGCUAUAACACAUAAAAGGCCCAGGAGACAUAAACCCAACCAGUCUGGUCAACAGGACUGCCAAUCCAAAGAUCUCUUCAGUGAUGACUCGUGUAUGCCUCUAAGUUUUUCCAGUCAGAUGUCCCACUGUGAUUACAAAGUGAGGGGGGCUACUCUGCCUCGGAUGGGCUCCGGGCAGGCCCGGGGCAGACGAGGCAGUGCUGGGCCUCACAAGGUCAGAGAAGAGCAAAGAGAGAAUCAAGAGAUGCACAAAGUGCCACAAGGAGGGAAAGGAAGCAACAAACAUCGACAGCACUCAGAUUUCAGGGACAUACUUUUGUACAGUCGUCCCUCAUUCCAAUCGGGUCAUAAUCAGAGGGAGUCAGCUUCAAAUUCAUCUGGUUUUCAGUCAUGUGGAAGCUCCAGAACUAAACAGUGUGAACAGGUGCCCUCUACAGGACAGGAGGACCAGAUGCUGAAGAGCUAAGAAGCAUCAUGAGCACUAAAAGAAGAUCCUGCAGUUGUCUCAAAGGACUUUUACAACAUGGAGAAAUACUGCACAUGCACAAACUUUUCUACUUUGAAUUUAUCAUUUGAUGUUGGAAAAAAACAAACAAAAUGACAAAAAAAAAGAGAAAAAUAUGCUCUCAUUUCUAAAGUCUGUGGACAUGUUUAUUGUUAGCUUUUGUUGAUGACCAGUCUCCAGGUCUCUGAACUGCUGGGUAAUCAAAAAAAAUAUGAAAAAUGUACAAAGAAUGCACAAUUGAUGGCUGAUGAGUGUCUACACAAGGUGACUGCUUGAUGCGGUUUGUAUAUUUGUCUGUUGUCCCGUAACUGGUCUACAGUCAUUACCAGCCAUCCUGUAAAUUGUUUACUGCCACAGAAGUGCUUCAGAUUUUAUAUAUUGCAGUGUCAAUGUUUUCUAAGUGAUGUACAUCUUGUCUCUGUAUUAUUUGUUCUACUUGGGUUAUAAAAGCACAAUCACUUAAUUUUAUUCUAAGUCAGUGUUAAAUGAUUUUUAGUCUGGAGGGAAAUCAGUCGUUGUUCAUUUUAUCACUUUAUGUCAGGAUGAGAAAAGGAUAAUUCAUUGUGAUUGUGUAUUCAGUUGUGAACUUUUGAGCUGCUUUUAUACAUAUUUGAACUAUCUGUUGUGUGUGUACUGAGAGAAUUGCAUGCAGAAUUGAACAAAGGAGGUUUGCCUCAACAUCUUCACUGCUUUGCCUUCCGUUUAGGAUGAAGAAAAGUUUGAACAUGGACUGGUUCCAUUUUAUUGUUUCUCUUUGCUGGAUAUGUUUUAUCUACUCCUGUGUUACCUUGACUUUGGCCACAUCUUGUGGAGUAGGGCUACACAAUAAAUUAAGAAAUUACAUGGAAAUUUGCUCACAUUACAAUCCAAAAAUGCCUUUAUUUAAACUGAGGAUGCCCGCAAAAACCACUGUAUUCUUCAAUAAAGCUAUUAUUUAAAAAUGCUGUCAUUACUAAAUUAAAGGUUAAGGCAUACCAUGGGUGGAGUCUUACUUCACCCACACUUCCUCUCAAGAUAAAAAUCGUGAGGCACUUCACAAAAACAAAAAAUGUAAAAUGAUAAAAAAUAAUUUAGAAAAGGAUUAAAAAUAUAUUUAAAAUGAGCAAAAAAAUUAGACAAUUAUGAUCAAAAAUGUAAAGAAAGAGAGAGAGUGAAUAGGAAAGAGGAAUAGGUAGGGAGAGCAGAACAAGGAGAGGGUGAUGAAGGUCACACCAAAGCCAACUUGAACAGGUGAGUUUUCAGCUGCUUUUUGAAGGAGACCACUGAGUCCACUGAUCUCAGGCUCAGGGGGAACGAGUUCCAGAGUCUGGGGUCACAGCAGCAAAUGAUCUGUCACCUUUGGUCUUUAGCCCAGUGCUGCACAACCAGUAGACUUGAUCACUGGACCUCAGGGACCUGCUGGGGGUGUAGGGACUGAGAAGAUCACCAAUAUAUGAUGGUGCUUGUCCAUGUAAGGCCCUAUAGACCAGAACCAGAAUCUUGAAAUGAACCCUGAAGUUGACUGGCAGCCAGUGAAGCUGGAGGAGAAGCGGGGUGAUGUGGGUGUGUUUGGAGGACUUGGUCCGAAGCCGAGCACAGGCAUUCUGAACCACCUGUAGACAAUAUGCAAACUAAUAUAUUUACUUCCAAUUUGAGAAACACAAACAUUUCAGAAAGACAUUUUGAACAUUAUUUAAAUUAUUUAAAUAAUUUGUUUCAUAGAAUUUCAAAUUUAGUCAAACAGCUAUGGAGGAAUUAUUUUGAAAAAGCUGCUGCGAGCAAGUUUAAUUUAGCAGUUUGGGGGUGUGAAUGUGACAUGUAAUGGGCUUCCAGUUUAAUGUGAUGGACUGGAAAGUCUAGAAAAUCUGAAUGUAGCCCUAACUUGAGUUGCAUUGUUGCUUUUUGAAAAUCUCUUUGACAUGACUUGUUGAGAACUGGCAUAAACAAACUUGACUUGAAUUGAGUUUUCUUGUAUUUAUAAUAAAACCCUUAGAUUUUUAA